AUGGUACAAGAAGGCAUCGUACUAGGGCAUCGAAUCUCGGCGAAGGGCAUUGAAGUGGAUAGAGCAAAGAUUCAAGUAAUCGAGAAACUACCACCACCUACAUCAGAAUCCACAUUUGAAUUUACUGAUGAGUGUCUGCAGGCCUUUAACACUUUCAAAGAGAAGUUGACUUCAGCAUCUAUAAUUAUCACACCGAAUUGGAAUCUACCAUUUGAAUUAAUGUGUGACGCCCGUGACUAUGCUGUGGGAGCCAUGUUGGGUCAACGAAGGAAUAAGGGUAAGAAAGGCAGUGAAAACGUGGUGGCGAACCACCUAUCUUGGCUUGAGGACACAGAAUGGACAGAGACAGUGGAAAUAAACGAAAUCUUCCCAGACGAACAGAGUUUUGGUGUGAUGGAAACACCCUGGUGUGACCGAUGUCAGCGCACGGGUAACAUAUCUAGAAGAAAUGAGAUGCCUUUGAAUAUGGCUGUGGAUUAUGUAUCGAAGUGGGUCGAAGCUAUUGCACUACCUACUAAUGAUGGGAAAGUGGUGAUUGAGUUUUUAAAGAAGAACAUUUUUACCCGGUUUGGAACACCAGGAGCCAUAAUCAGUGACGGGGGCACACAUUUCUGCAAUCGUCAGUUCGAGCAGUUGUUAGUGAAAUAUGGCGUUAAGCACCCAUGUCACCUACCUCUUGAGAUCGAACAUCAUGCCUACUGGGCAAUGAAGAAGUUGAACUUGGAUUUGAAGGCUGCGGGUGAAAAAGGGCUGUUACAACUGAAUGAACUGGAUGAGCUCAGAAUGGAAGCCUACGAGAACUCAAAGAUCUACAAAGAGCACACCAAGGAAUGGCAUGACAUGCAUAUCCAGAGGCGUGACUUUAAGGUGGGGCAAAAGGUGCUACUCUACAACUCCAGGCUUAAACUGUUUCCAGGAAAAUUGAGAUUGAGAUGGUCUGGUCCAUAUACCAUUACACAAGUGUUUCCACAUGGAGCGGUUGAGAUCACUCACGACAGCAAGGGAACAUUCAAAGUUAAUGGACAGCGUUUGAAGUACUAUUGGGGCGGUGAUUUCUCAGAGGACAAGUCUACCGUCCAUCUUGGAUCGCCAGAAUAA